GGUGGAGACCUGAGCUCCUGCUGUCUGAACUGGGAGCUUCUUCACUAUCUGCUGCAGCAGUCGUCAGCUCAGACCAUCACUGUGAACCUGAGGAAGAACCUCUUCUUACAGGAGAGCGUCACACGUCUGCUUCCCUUUCUGGACAGGAUUGUAUUUAAAAGGCCCAGUCCCGGCUUUGUGUUGACUGCCAUCAGAGAGAUCUAUAAAGCUCGUGCCAGUCCCAUUAUACCCAGUUUACUGAGGUCACUGGAUCAUGUGAUCAACCUGACCUGCAGAGAGAUGGACUCUGUGGACUGUGCUGCUCUGCUCUUCACCCUCAAACACAGUGACAGAGUUAAACUGAACCUCCAGUGGACCUCCAUACCAACAGGAGACACAGAGUCCAUCCUCUUUACGCUGGACAAAGUUUCUCAGCUCAGUGUGGACAGGAACCUGCUGCUGAGGCUGGUGCACUGCUGUGCUGCCUCUGACGCCCAGCAGGGGGCAGCAGUCGGCCUGCUCAGGACUGUGCAGGACAGGCUGGAUCUGUCCUGCUCCUCCUGUGUGGAGCUGCCAGAGGAGGAUCAGAGGGAGACUCUCAGUCUGACCGGUGAGGACUGCGGGGCCGUCUCCGCCAUCCUGAGACGCAGCGUCCGGGACACACAGCUCAACCUGCAGGACUGCGAGGUGGAGGACAGCGGACUGAACCUGCUGUUUCCUGUCCUCCGCAGAGUCCGCCUCAGAGCCAGUAAAGCCGUCCUCCUCCAGCUGGUGUCCCUGGUUCCUGUGAACAGUGAGGGGGACACAGUGAGACGGGCGGUGUCCCUGUGUAGAGCCCUGGACGGAGAGCUGGACCUCAGUCACACCUCACUGGAUCAGAGGGCCUGUGGAGCUUUGGCCCUGAUGCUGGACUCCUCUGAAGGGCUGACAGAGCUGGACCUCAGUCACUGUGAGCUCACCGACCAGCUGCUGCUCACACUCAUCACACAUCUGCACAAAGUCCAGGUCCUGGAUCUGAGUCACAAUAAGAUCUCUGAUGCUUCAGCUGGAAAGUUACUCCACCUGGUCUCCAUCAACCCCUCCAUCGGCACUGUGCGACUCUUCAGCAACAACAUUGUGGAUCGAACACCCUUUAAGAAAGACAAGCGGUUUGAACUCUGGUGACCCGCUCGUCAGUGUGGAGGCCCCAGGUGGGUGCUGCACAUUGGUGGAGGCUGAGAGGAGUAUCUGAGAUAAAUGGCUGUAUAAAUGUAAUCCAUGAAGAAGACUUUCAGGUGUUGUUUAUUGUAACCAGCUACCUGAUAACAUCGCUCAUCGUUAUUAUUUGUUAAAUAUGUACCGUUCAUCAGCCCCUCCCUUCUCCACCACAGAGGGGCUGAUGCGGUACAGGCCAGAGGCCGGCUUUGAACGCCACCAAGUCCCCUUCGCACUGGGACCUUCUCUAUGAGGGCUGUUAAGUCUGAUCUUUGGAUGCUGGACUGAAAAAGUUCAUGGUGCCUCAUAAGAACUGAACCCAGGACAGUCCUCUAUGAUCCUGAGCUGAGGGCCUGGAGGUCCUUGAACUGUCUCAGUCUUUCCUUUGGCUCCAGGGACGGUGAUGUCGGCUCCGGUCCCUCCACCACUUUGGUCCAGGUCAUGAAAUGUGGUUCAGACCUUCAUGGUUCCCAGAAGAUGAAUCCUACUGACUGUGGUGAUCUUUAUGUUUCUCAUCUCUAAAAGCUGCUCGGUCUUUCGUCUGGACUUUAAAUCUUUAAACUGUUCUCAGAAAUUUCUAAUCAGGGACCCUGUUUUUUUCCAAGAGACAAUUAAUCCAUUACCAGAUUAGAAAACACUGUAUGAAGUUAUUUCUGCCUGUAAGUAAUCUUUUAAAAACGCCUGGUUCCUUCACAUGUUAAAAAACUGUUUGUUAAAUCAGAGGCCUGAGACAGAACCAUGGAUUGUAGUUUGGACUGUCAUUUAUCAUUAUAUUAUAUUAUCUCUUUCACUAUUGUUUGCAUUAUUGACAUGUUUUAAAAGGGGAGGGGGAAGUGAAGUUUGGGGGACCCCUGUGAUAUGCAAAGCAGAACAGGUGAGACUUUAGGGGCCUCUGUAACACAGGGGGGCCAGAGGACACAGGAACAUGACACUAUUAGGUGGAUUAUAUGUUGGAACCUCCUGUUAACUGUGGAUAUUACUGACCUGCAGCGUCGGCCACGCUUCAUCCUGGUACCUUUGUGUUUGACCUCUAAGGAGGAAAUCUGUUUGAAAUCGGACAAUUUAAGUUAAUUGAAGGAACGAACGUUUGGUCUGCUGGGACAUUGAGGUUUUCUGUUCUGAAGCCUCCCAGCUAAUCUCAGCAGGUAUCAGAUCCGCCUUUUACCUCAUAUUGUGCCUUUUGUACCUUUCCCUUGAUUUGCUUUUGUGUGAAUUGUUACUAAAAUCACUGCACUCUUUUUUUUAUUUUUUAUUAUGAAAUAAGACUUUAAAGAGUUUUACUGACCGUUAUUCUUGGGAAAUGUUAUAUUCUCAAAUUCACAAACAUAGUUUUUUAAAGUGAAACCUGAGUUCUUUCUUUUACAAAAAGCCUUUAAUGUCAUGAAAAUGAAAAAGCAGUGAAGUCUUUAGUUUAGCAGCAGAAUUACACAACACACAUUUCUUUAUUCCUAGUUUGUCUUUGUUCCGUCUGUUGGUCCUUUCUGUAGAAAGUGAAAGUCAAAGCCAGGUUGUUUGUAUCUGGAAUAUUGAUCAAUAAAAACAAACUUCUGCUGC